AUGUCUGGUGGAGGUUACAAGCUUUACUAUUUUCCAGUCCGUGCAAGAGGAGAAAUGGACAGAUGGGCUUUUGCAGCUGCUAAAAUUGAUUUCGAGGAUAUUCGAUUGAAUCGGGAAGAGUGGCUCAAGGAAAAAGAGUGUGAGUAGAAGACUGAGGAGAUAAGAAUAAGUUGGUGAAUUCGAAAGACCCAUUGAUUGUUGAUUGAAUUUGGUAGAGUUUUCCGUGAUAAUGAAUUUUUAAGUUGUAUGGAACGCAGGCUAGGAAACUGAAGUUUUAAAAAAUAGCAGUGACGAGUGCUAUGCACGCAACUGUAAUGUAUCCUGAUCGGUUUCGUGACAGUGAUCUUUACUUCGUUCGAUUGCAUGAUCUGGGUUUUCAUUUUUAACUUUUGAUAAACGCUUUUUGAACGAUCUUGUUUAUAUCUCCUCAGCUCCUUCUUGGAACUUUGAGCAUAUUUAAUGAGGUCGAGUUAACGAUUUUUAAAGCUUGACAUCAUACGUCCACGCGUCCCUGAAAAAAAGGAACAAACUGCUUGGUCACCCUUGGUCAUGCAUCACGAACUGCUUUGUCAUGCUUGCUGAGUGUUCAAGCUUCGUAUACUUAAGAUCAAAUAUCACAAUAUCACUAAUACCGUAAUCGUUUGUUAAACGCCCCGCUCGAAUAAGCGUGCCCCCUUCCCCGCCCCCCUUUUCAGGGGAAGAAAGUUAAUUAGCCCCCCUCACGUUUAAGCCUCCCUCCCCUCCCUCUUAUUACUGAUAAAUGAUUACUUAUUACCAAUAAAAGUUAGACUGUAUAAAUUAAUUAUAUAAACUCAAACUUCAUUUUGACUAAUCCAGGAUUAGGAUGGUUUAUUCACCUGUUGGGAUGUCCGAAGUGUCUUUGAUCCUCAGCUGCAUAACCUCCAACUUUUUUUGAAAUUGAGCUUUUCUAUUUUGUAUUCUAGUUCUUUAUGGAGGACUGAUACCAUUUUUUUUUGCGAAAUUAAAUAAGCCCCCCCCGCCCCCCCCCCCCGCCCCCUCAAAUUUGUUCCACAGCCACCAUGUAGAUACCGCAUCAUGCAAAAGGCUUGAAAUUCAAGCAUACCCUAUAUAUCUGCUCACAAAAUAAAUAAUCCUUUCAAAGUGAAAUUUUUCAUAAAAAGUAUCAGUUUUUAAGCUGCUCUAAGACUUCCUGCUUUUCUUGCAAGUAAAAGCUCAGAAGGAUCAAUCAUUGUUUAGUAUAAAAAUGGACGAAGUCAUGUGAAAACCAGCCAUAGAAUUUGUAGUUAUUUUUGUUAUUUUCUAGCUGGCAGGCCUCCACUUGGUCAGAUGCCCUUCAUUGUUACUCCUGAAGGAAAAACCCUGGCACAGUCUGGUGCAAUUCUGAAAUACAUCUGCAAAAAAGGAGGUAAGUAAAACUACAUUCUUCAGAGUUUCCGAUUCACCCCAUGUAAGGGAAUCCGGAUUCCAUAAUCCAGGAAAGUUUUGCUUGUGGAAUUCAGAAUCUGGGGAAAUUUUGCUGGUCGAACUCCAGAAUCAGCUCAGGGAUCCAGAAUCUCACUAACUAUUUGAAUUUAGAAUCCAAGGUCCACUGACAAACGCUGAAAUCCAGUGCCUAGAAUCCCGAAUCCAUAGUGUGGAAUCCAGNAAUAAUCCUUUCAAAGUGAAAUUUUUCAUAAAAAGUAUCAGUUUUUAAGCUGCUCUAAGACUUCCUGCUUUUCUUGCAAGUAAAAGCUCAGAAGGAUCAAUCAUUGUUUAGUAUAAAAAUGGACGAAGUCAUGUGAAAACCAGCCAUAGAAUUUGUAGUUAUUUUUGUUAUUUUCUAGCUGGCAGGCCUCCACUUGGUCAGAUGCCCUUCAUUGUUACUCCUGAAGGAAAAACCCUGGCACAGUCUGGUGCAAUUCUGAAAUACAUCUGCAAAAAAGGAGGUAAGUAA